UACUGGUGUUCCCAUUGCAACUAUAAAUUUAGGGUAACCAUUGCCACUGUUGGUUGUAAAUUUUGACUCUCUAUUAUUUAAAGAUCACUAAAAAUAUUUUAAGAAACACAUAUACAUACUAUAACUUUAUUUGUUUAUCUUGUAUCUUAAUGUAGACAAAAAAUGAUAUCUUACAAAUGGAUUUAAUGUAAUCCAAAGCUUGAUAUAUGGUCAAAAUAAUUUUUUAAAAAAUUGAAAUCAUAAGCGAUUCAAGCAAUUAUCCAAAUUAGCGUGAUCACAUUCAUGAACAAAUCGUGUGAGGUUAUAUUUUCAAUAUAUAGUACAAUUGUUUUGGUGGGGACAUUAUGUUGUUUAUUCAUAUAUAAACCUGAUAUUUUUUUCUUUUUCAAAUACACCUUCUAUAGUAUAUAGAAACGUUUAAACAAAAAAUUGAUGAUAUAAUGUGAUAAUGUGAGUAUGCAAAAUUCUUUUAAAUACUGUUGUAAUCUUUUAAAUGUAUGCUAUAUAUAUUUUAAGAUCUGACUAAAUGUGGUAAUGUAAAUGAUAAAAUAAAACAGCUUAAAUUAACAACAAUCACGAUGUAUUCUUAUAUUAUAUAAGUAUUUUGUUAGACGAAUAAUUAUUUAUUUUUAAAAUAAUUACAAUAUUGCACAUCAAUUUAAUUUUAACAGUUAUUAGAAAGUUAAAUAAAGUAAAAAUUAAAUAAAAAAUAAAAAAAUUUACUAUUCCCGGGCGUUUACGCACGGGGUUGUUUCCUAGUAUUAAUAAACAAAAUUAAAAAUAAACUAAACAAAUGAAUAAUCUUAAAUGUUUUUUUUUUGUAAUUUUGGUUGGACAUAGCACGUAACAUUGUGAAGAAACAUAACUACUUGAAACGUUUUACCAUAUCUUGGACAGAAAAUGAACUUUGGUCAAAUACAAAUUAUGAAAUAUAUGUUACACGAAAUGGGUUACUUGAGAAUCUUUAAGUCUCUUCCGUUGCCUAUGGUGUCUAAUUAAUUACGUACGUUAAUAACCCAUUUCUCAUUCUAUAAAUAGUAAGAUUUUUCAAAUAGCCAUAACACACAACCACUAAACUGAAAAGAAGCAAGAAACAAAAAAAAAAUUAGGGAAAAAUAAUGGAAAGCAAAUCAAGAGCUAUUGCUUCCUUAGUCCUAGUUGUAGUCUUAAGUGUUGCAGGUUUGAUGACUCCACUAGUAGUAGUAGCUCAUGAACAACCACCACAGUCUCCUAUGGACAUAGAGAAAUGUUGGUCGUCUCUCUUUAACGUCCAUGGAUGCGUACUCGAGCUCUACAAAUCAGUAUUCUCCGGGAAAUUUGGAAAUGUUGGGGUCGCAUGUUGUAAAGCAUUUUCUACCAUUGAUGCUAACUGUUGGCCUCAUAUGUUUCCGUUGAACCCUUUCUUUCCGCCUCUUAUCAAAGACAAUUGUGCACACAUUGUUCCAGAGUGAAGUGAAUCCAUCGUUUAGCUUUAGAAAACUUUAUAUUCAUUUUCCAAGUCUUAUGUAAUGUCAAAUCAAAUAAAAUAAUUGUUUCCGUAGAAUCCAUUGAGAUUGUGCUAAA